AAGAUGAGGUUUGACAAAAGAGGCUCAUAUCAAUUCAUUCUUUCUCAAAAUUUUCAAGAUUCCAUCUGAUUCAAAAUGGCCUCAAGCAAUCCUCAUUAUGAACGUGCACAGCAAAAUGUUAAACCAAAGAUGGAAGGCGGGAAAGAGGUUAUAACUGUUAAACCGAGAAAUCUCAACAUUGUUUGGGGCAAUGAUGACCGCUAUUGGAACAUACCCAACAAUGGUGACGAUAAGCCUGCAGAGCUGCUACAAGUCUGUUGGCUUGAAGUAACUGGUUCUGUAGAGAUUAAUCCUCAAAAGAGAUAUGAAGUGAGCUUCAGACUAUCUCUAACUCCAGAUGCAUUUGGUUGGGGUAGUUCUCUUCUCUACAUUAUGGUGAAGAGAGGAAACAGUGGGAAAUUUGCUUGGAAAAAGGUAUCCUUGGCUAAUAAAGGGACAGAUGUAUUUCACAUAAUAGGAGAAUUGGCGCAGGAUGUUUUCCCAACAGACGAGAAACUGUACUUUGGUUUGUAUGAAGUUUGGAGCGGGAAGUGGAAAGGGGGCCUCAAAAUCCAUGAUGUGACUGUUAAAGAAAUAUAAGCUAGAGUGGAGAGUCAAAUUCUUUUUUUUUUUUGUUCUUGGCAACCAAUUGCUUUCAUUUCUAUUGAUGUCCUUCAUAUCAUAAACUAUGAUUUUUACAUCAUCGUAGUAGACCAAAAAAAAAAAUUCUGUCUUGAUGUAGUUUGCUAUGGAUAUGUGGUUACAAGCUUGUGUAUCUUCUAAAUCGCUGGAUUGUAUUUUGAAUAAGGUGACAAUUGCUUCAUGAGAUUUUCACUUGAUGUACUCUGUGACGAGGUCAAUAAUAUUAAAUUUGUGAGUUUUGCCAGCUU